GUUCAGUUCGCGUCUAAAGGACUAGGACCGACAGGUUGGCUAGGUCGAGGUCGAAAGUAUUAACAGUCCCACGGCCUCAUGCCCACCAGCGAAUUGUCGCAGGCUCUGAAUCCUUUCUUUGCACAACCAAGGCCCAGGUCUUCAAACACUCAGAAUCAGUCCGUUCAGCCAAGCCAAGCACAUGAAUCACAUCACAGCGAGCUUGAGCUUGCCAUCUCGGAGCCCCAGAGGCCCCUUGCGGCAUCAACGACGCCUCCUCAGAAUCCUGCCAUUCGUCCUGGCAAUGCAUCAUCCAGUGGAGCUCACCCAUUCCAGAUAGUAAUGAACUACUUAAAUUCAGCACGGGAGUCGCAAGAAAUAGAGCAAAAACGAAGACUCGCAUGGGAACAAGAACAGGAGGCCAAGUACACACUACGGCAGGCGGAAAUGGAGCGUCGAAUGGUCGAGAUGCAACAAGAGCUCAGUGUGCUCAAAGCGAAAAUAGCUUUUGGGACUCCGAAAGCUCCGGCAGCUUCACCCUCAGUGCAGACGCCUUCCGUAGCGGAUCAACAUUCCACGCCAAUAACCUCGCCCGCGUUGUCCUAUUCUUCGACAAUCGUAGGGUAUCGUGCAUCGCCCGAUCCUGGACAAGCCGCACCACCUUCUGUCUUGCGUCACACGUCAACUUCAUCUGACGUAGAGCCGCCUGCUGGCUCUCCUUCUGUUGGCAGCACUGCAAGCCCAGCCCACGCCUCACCCCUUCUUUCUAGGCCCGCGCGGUUUAUCAACGUUGAUCCCUCAUCCUCCCGGCAGGGCAGCUCAUCUAAUCCACGCAAGAGACCGAUGCUUAAUACCACGAGCGAUGAGGAUGAUAGCGAGAGCUCUGAGUAUUCAUUAGUAGAACGACCCAUAAAACGAAAGAAUCAUCAUGACACUCGCUGUCUUACCAUCCAGCAUGCUAUGCGCAGCCAUCUUUUGCGCGUCAUGGAAAUCAAGGACGACAAACUCCUUCCUGAUGCCCACACCGAAGGUAUUGUGCUUGGUCCCAACGAUCCUGUCCGUUUCGUCUGGGAAAAGACACCUAAACAAUCUGUCCACAAUGGACGAAUGAAAGAGCGUGUGCUACAUGACCUCAGGGCCCAUCGCCAACUGUACAAACACGUUCCCGAUAAGGAUUUCAACAAAAAAUCUCUGGAAUCCGUUUUCGACCAGGCAUUCGUUACAUUCAGACAGAAGUUCAGAGCCCAACGGGAUGCCUCUGUCGCAUUAAACCAGAAACAGCGAGAAGAUGUCAAGGCAAUGCGAUCCAGAAGAUUGAGCCGUAAGAAGACGAAACUGAGCAAUCGCUCAGACGCUCGAAAUAAAAUUGAAGCCUUCGAACAUGUUGUAUUUGAUGGCGCGCUACAAGUGGAAUGUAUGUCUUCCGAGGAAUCCGAAACUGAGGAGGAUAUGGUCGUUGGUUCUCGUACGACUUCACUACGUGUUCGGGGUUUCCCUUGGCGCAGCACCCGGUUAGUGCGCUUUUUCGACAUACUGGACGAUUAUGACAAAGCGGAUGGCUCACAAAAGCCGCGGAGAGGCAUCGGAAGGAGAGAACGAUUUCAUGGUUUGCCAAAAGAAGGUCUCAUUCUCCCACCUAAAGGCGUAGCCACUUGGAUGAUCAGCAAACGUUGGAUAAGUGUGAUGCAGGCGUCUCACUUGGAGGUGUUGAGUAGUUUGAAGGAUAUUGUUCUGGAUCCCGUUGGCUUUGAUUGGAGUCAGUUUCAUGCGCUUGGCGAGGAGAGCGAGGACGAGGGGAGACUCGACAUGGCACGACACCAUGAUAUGAUGAUUGCGCAGAAUGGUUUACACUUUACUCAUCCCGAUGAUGGCACGGCUAUCAGUGCUGUUUCUUCCCUGCAUAAUGCUCUGGUACAUACCCAAUAGGCUCAAAUGUGAAGGUGAUAGCUGUCCUGUGUCAUGUACAGAGGUUAAUACAUGUCAAGCGAAACGUUGAAAUUUUAAUCAUGCAUCCUCGAUUCAUUCAAUUUUUAGCUAUGUAGUAUACUGACUAUGAUAGUUCAUAAUCAGGGGCUUAUACCAUUCCGGG